AUGCCCAAUUCGAGACUAGAGUUCUAUACAGAGAGAUGGUUUCGUCUCAGAGGAAAUUUGUUAUUCUACUUUAAGACCAAGGACAAGACAUCUGAUCCAGUAGGUGCUAUUGUACUGGAGCGAUGCAGGGUGCUGAAAGAUUCUUCACCUCAGAAGAAGCAUGGAUUCACAAUCGUAUUUGAUGAAGAUGACACUCAAAGAUACCACCUCAAUGGAAAGUCAACAAAAGACACUGAAGAAUGGAUGGAAAAAAUUAGAAAUGCGAGUUAUGAAAGUCUGAGGAACAAGCUCUUAAGUUUGAGGAAACAAUUGAUGGAAAUAACAGGAAAGGAUCCAUUGCCAGAAUUCCACCCUUUGGCUCAACAAGAGCCUUUGAAGCCUGGAAUCGGUCAGUACUCUUCCACUAGUGCAGCAGAUGCAGACGAAACUCCAUUCUUAGAAAUGUGUAUUGCAUGUCACAACCUGAUCAGUACUGAGGAAGGAAAAUUACCAAAUGCUUUUGUUGAAAUCAGAACAAUGACUCCACCAGCUACAACAUGGAGUAAACAUGCUCAAACUGAAAUUAUAGAGCAAAGUUGUGAUCCGUAUUUCUUGACAACUGUGGUGUUCCCAGAUGGAGCUGUGAAUGAACUGACUCGCUUGAAGUUAGCGGUGUUUGAUGUUAGAGACAGGGAGAAAGAAGAGAUGUCCUUGUUAGGCCAAGCAGUGUGUACUAUGGGGGACAUUUUGACAUCAGUAGAUCAGAAAUUGCUCUUGACUUUGACGUAAGUAUUUAAA